GCCCUCCCCCCGCGACACUGCUGCUUCCAACAACAAGCAAGAAGCCAGCAACAUGGCCGACCUAGGAAAGAAGUACUGCGUAAACUGCCUUGCAGACGUUACGAAUCUGCGACUUCGCUGUACUGACUGCCCAGAUAUCGAACUGUGUCCGGAAUGCUUCUCCGCAGGUGCAGAAAUCGGUAAUCAUCGGCGAUGGCACGGUUAUCAGCAAGUUGACGGCGGGCGCUUCCCACUCUGGGGUCCCGAAGCGGAGGGAGGAUGGACUAGCAGGGAAGAGCAGUCGCUACUCGAUGCGAUCGAGCAAUAUGGCUUUGGAAACUGGGAGGACAUGGCCACUCACAUGGGGGCGAUUCGGACCCCCCAGGAAGUCAUGGACCACUACGUCAGAAUGUACAUUCACGGCAACCUGGGCAAGGCCUGCGUCCCUGAAAGUAUCCCAAACCGGGUAACGGACCACACCUGCCCCAGCGGUGCCCCCCUGUCCCCCAGCCUCACCACCCCCCUGCCCCCGCUGGAUGUGACCCUGGGCGAGCAGCAGCAGCUGGGCUAUAUGCCCCUUCGCGACGACUACGAAAUUGAGUAUGACCAGGAGGCAGAGAAGCUCAUCAGCGGCCUGUCGGUCAACUACGACGAUGAAGACGUGGAGAUUGAAAUGAAGCGGGCGCACGUGGACAUGUACGUGCGCAAGCUGCGGGAGCGUCAGCGCCGCAAGAAUGUGGCCCGCGACUACAACCUGGUGCCCGUCUUCCUUGGGCGAGAUAAGAAGGACAAGGAGAAGCCAGGCACGCUGGGAGUUGUAGGUGGCGGGGGUAGUGGUGGCGCCGUCGGAAUGGGAGGAGGAGUAGUGGGGACCCUUCUGAUGCUGACCAAUCCCAUUGUGACGCAGGGAGCUGCAGCCGUUCCUACAGUGCCAAAGCGUAAGAUCACCAAGGAGGAGAAGGAGCAGCGGGUCAAGUUACGGGGGAUGUGCCAGUUCAUGGCUCUGCGGGAGUUUGAGGACUUCUUUGACAACAUGCACAAGGAGCGCAUGCUGCGUGUCAAGGUACGAGAGCUGCAACGAUACCGCCGCAACGGCAUUGCACGACUGGACGAGUCGGCCGAGUACGAGUCGGCGCGGCACAAACGGGAGAAACGCAAGGAGAACAAGAGUGUGGCUACCUCCAAAACAGGCCGAGGCGGCGGGCUCGGCCCUGGGGGAGGGCUUGGAGGAGUAGGCGGUGGCAUCAUCAAAGAGGAGGGCAAGGAAGGCGAGUUUGCAGCCAUUGAGAACCUGUCCGGCUUUGAACUGCUGUCGGACCGGGAGAAGGUCCUGUGUAACACGCUCAACCUCAGCCCCACGCGCUACCUGACCGUCAAGACCAUCAUCAUCAAGGACCACCUUCAGAAGCGCCAGGGCAUCACCUCCAAGAGCCGCCUGCCAGGCUACCUGGACAAGGUGCUCAAGAAACGCAUCCUCAGCUUCCUCACAGAGAGCGGCUGGAUAUCCCGAGACAUGUCCUAACAGUCCAUCGGGUUUGUAGGAACUGGACUGGGAAGUGUCCUAACAAUGUGUGUAUGGAGUUGGUGGGGACUGAGGAUUAUAGAAGGACCAUGACUCUGUUCUCCGUUGGAUUGGUGUGUCUUGUUAGAAACGAUGUGAGAUUUGCACUCGUAAGCUCCACAUAGACCAAACUAUUGGAUUUUACCACCUUUUAUCUCGUUUUGUCCAACAUCAUCGACCACAGGACUGUUUGUGAAUAUGUACAUUGCAAAGAAUAAGGAUUUCCCCUUAAAAAAAUAAAAGUUUGGAUACCAUUUACAGGAGAGUGAUGAACAGAUAUAUAUUUUUGCAUUUGAAUCCAUAUGAAUGAUAAUGUAUGGGUAGAUGAUACAGGGUCUCUGUAUUGAAAUUCCAGUGAAGGAUCGCCUAAUGCUGCUGGGCAAACCAGACAACACUGUUUUCAAAGCUGUUCUCAAAGUAUAGUUUGCCUCCAGCUUCCUUUUAGCCUGGUCCCAAAUUAGUUGGUGCUGUCUUUCCAACUCCUAUGGUCAUUGACCAGACAACACCAACAGAUCUGGGACCAGGCUAGCUUCCUUUAGGUCAGGAUGUAGUUUUGGAGAGCACAAGUUAGUGCCUAUUCAAACAGCAAUACAGUCACACUGUGCUGCAACGCAGGGGGUAUAUCAUCCUAUUCCUCCCAUGAAGAGAUGAAGGCCGGCAAAGCAUACAGGAGUCAGUAUUUGGCAGCUAACGCUCUCGUAGAGUACUGCAGUAAUCCCCAUUUUGACUUUUGUAGCUUUGUGGCAGUCUAACUUAGGAUGUCAGGCUCAGAAUUUGGCACUGAGAGGAAUAGCCUAACUUCUCACUAUUCUGUUCCAUCCCCUGCAUGAUUUCUGAUUCUAGUAGGCUAUUCACUAAGAUAAGAAACAUUUUAACUUUUAAAUAUGGGCAUUAACCAAUGACAUGCGUACAAUCCUUAAGCACAAAUCAAAAAUCUCUUGUUUGCCAAAUGAGCAUAUAGGCUAUCACUAGUUUUUUUUACUACCCUGUUCCAUCGCAGGUUAAGUUUGCCAUCCCAUUGGUUUGGAUAUUAUGGUGUUAACUGUGUGAUAGCCUGUCAGACUGUUUUUAACCUCUUAAUGAAUAUGUGGUGCAUGAUUGUCUUCUUAUCACCGGUUGCUUGCUGUUUUGUUUGCCAGUGUUUCACUUAUCCAAAGGGAUUAAAGUCAUAUUUAAAUGUUUUGAAGACCAGCUACAUUUGCUCCAUCUAACUUCCUGGUUCAUUGUUUAUAUUUUUUUUACAGUCACAGCAUUCAUAUAGGCUACUGUACACAUCACAUGGCCUUGCAAGUACAAUAUCAAAGGCCAGGAAUAAUCUGGUAGAGUAAAGGGACGACUGCCUCAGAAAAGCUUGGUUGGUAUUAGACAUUGAUGUUUUCCAUUGACAUCAAAUGUGUUUGUUCCCAGCACAGGUACUUUGUAGUGUCCACUGGCACCUUUUCUUUCUGACAUCCAGUUAGCCUGUUUAAAAUGGAAAAGGUGAACUACUGCAGGGAUAAAGAUGCGGUUUGGUUGUAUAGAAAGUGUUGAGGAGUAUCAAGUUUGACGCUGGGAAGUAGAUGUAAUGAUCGCAUACCAGUGGAGGCUGGUUGGAGGAGCCUGUCCUCCUAUAGCUCCUCUGUCACACGUAUAGGCCUUGGUGGCAUCCCCAUCAUAGUAUAUUUAUCAUACCACAGAAGUAAUAAAAGCAAUAUAUUGUAUUUAUGCUUCCCCAUAAGCUUGAAAGUAUCCAGACACUGACAAGGCCCCUGGGUUCUCGCAUCACCUACCUGAAGAUUUCUAUUUGUUGCAACAACUGGCACGGUUUACAAUCAAAGACUAGAUAUCUCCUUAUCUGGUUUAAAGAGAAAACUGUUUUUGAACCAUAACGGCAUCUAUGAUUUCUUUUCACUUUCCUCCGCGGUGCCGAGGGCUUUUGUGCGUGUCGAUCAGAGAGGUGGUAGGAGAGCGCCUUUUGAAUGGGCAUCGGUUGAUGGGCAGAGUUGGAAUACAAAAGUGGGGUUGAGGCUGGGAGAGCGAGGGAUGGGCGUAAGAAGUAGUGGAGUGUUCAAGCUCUAUCUCUGUCAAAGCAUAGAUUUAGUUUUGUGCUGCUUCUUGUUCUAUUUUCCUCCCUCCGCCUCUCCUUCCUCUCCCUGUCCAUGUACUGACUCUUGGAUCUUGGUGCUUUUUACUGAUAGGGAUUUUGCCAUAAAACUAAAGCCCCAUUCCUCACUGCUGUUUCUGCUGCAGGGAGCCAGUUGCCCUGCGUUCAGAGGUGGAGCUAGCUGGUCAGCCCAGUGUUAUAUUUAUUAGAGAACAUAAAAUAAUCAUUUCUUAUUGGACAAGGCCAGGUAGUCCCUCCCUGUUUCACCCUAUUGUCUUCCGUUUGGUGCCUACUGAAUGAGACCCAGGCUGUAUUAAGAGGUCAGCCUGAGAGGUCAGAGUUCAGUCUAGGCUAGAACCUCUAAAGUUGACAGUGCCUAUUAUCAGUCUCUCAUUUCCUGUCAAAGCCAGUAACUAACUACUUCAACCAUUGUCAUUAUAAAAAGUUAAAAUACAUUAAUACACACAGCCUGUUUCCCAUAGCCGUGUUUAAUAAUCAGGGUGUGCCAUUGCUGUGCCAAACCAUUUUACCUAUGGCACAGAUAUUAUGACCGAGGGAAACACAGUUAAGCUAAAGCUUCCCAUCAGUAGAUUGCAUUCUGAAUUGUUUCAGCCUCUUUUUCUGUACUUAUUUAUGUUCAAAAGAUAACAUUUUAUAGGUGGUUGAAAUUACUCUUGUUCUAUGAAACAUCAUUACCAUUUGAUACAAGCAUAUGGGAGUGUUUUGCCUGUUUUUGCAUGUGAAGCCAAGUGUUUUAAAUGAUGUAAACAGUACAUUUUGGUUAAAUGGCUUGAUUGAAAAUUAUUUCCAUUUGAAUUGUUUCUAAACAUCAAGACUUCUGAGGGUGGGGAGAAAGGUUUUAUUUUAUUUCUGUGGAAUUUUUUGCAAAAAUAUUUUACCAAAUGUAAUGAUUUUUUUUGGAAGAUAAAUGAACAUAUUAAUACUGACCUGUGAAAUGUACAGUAUUUUAUUUCAGGGACUUUAUAACUAAGAGAAAAACAAAUCUUAAAUAUGCGAGUGAGAACCAUUUUAAGCCUUUUGCAUGUGUUGUCGUUGCAUGCUGUUAAACUGUUCAUGUGUACAAGUAGUAUGCUUAGGAAGUCAAAGCAUUUGUUAACAAUUCAGUGGUUGAAAAUGUUGAGGGGGAAUUUUUGAUGGCCCAUUCUUUGUGGUUGCACAGGACAUAGUAUGUUUUGUAUUAAAAGUGCAAAUACUUUAUACUUC